AGCCCUGGAUAACUCACAUUUGCUCGUAAAUAGUUUGCCGUUUUUAAGAAUUACAAGGGGGGAAACAGAUUACCGACCAACAAACCCGCUCUGCCGCUAGGGGGCAUCAGAUUACUGCGAUAUCUCAUUAUGUGCUCUUAUUGUUGCUUAAAAGCAUUUCCAUUCAUCAAUGUUACAACCUAAUAGAGGAAACGACAUGUACUACAACCAGUAUGCUGUCUAAAUGUAAUAUCAUAACAAUAAACAACGAAUAAAUCACAUACAUCCAAUGUAUCCAUUCGUAUAGAGCCAUUUAAUCCCCAGUGGUAGGCUAUAUAUACAGACACACAGGGAGAUAUAGAGCUGCGUUAUCAGAAAUACACCAAUGAAUGUGCGGCAUGCUAGUUCAUCUCUCUGAACCCCGAUCUCUCCAAAACCAAUCAGAACUCUACCAAAGCAUCAUUCCGGUAAACCAAUAGGCCUAGUUUCCACCUUGUACUAGGUCUACUCCAUUCGCGCACGGAGCAAAGGACUUCCUCGCUCCUUAUAUGGCUGACCCGCUCAAUGGAGACGUCAGAGGCACACCCGUUUUGUCCAAGCACAUUAUCCCAUUCUACAGGACACGUCCAGCCAUCAUCAAAAUCCGCUUUCUCUCGCCGUUGUCUUUCUUUUUACGAUAAUUUGUAACUCAUUGGAAUAGCACGAGCCACGGUGCAGCUGUUUUCAUUAACCCAGUUCUAGUUGCUGCGUCACCGCCAUACAACACGGGAUAUCUGAUUAGUGAGCACAGUUUUACUGGGUUGGAUAGAGGGAAUAGAGAGACUCACAUUUUGAAAAAGGGAAUGCUUUGACUACAGUGUGGAUUUUGACUGGAUGCAAGUGUGUUUUAAUGUGUGUUUUAAUGUGUGUUUUAAUGUGUUUUUCCGAUGGUGCAUCACAGAGUGUUUUAUCCUAUUUAGAAAUGUUACUUUAAUUUGCUGAGUGGUUAACUAUAUUCAGUCAGAUUUCUCACGCGUUCAUCAACCGCCGGCACUUUACAUACUGUUAUGCUUUAAGCAUCUUAAUUACUGAAUACAAUGGUGCAAUAAUUUAGUAUUUAUAUAUUUGUGCCUUUACUUGUCGACACCCGCGGGCAGCACACUGGGGUAACAACGAAACGGAAAGUUUUGGAAACAUUGACGGAUAGAUAUGGCAAUGGUAACGUGGAGAAACGGCGAGGAAAAUGUCGCCCGCGACUCUCAAAGCGGAAUCUCUUCCCCGGUCUCUCAAGGCGAACCGUUAUCCCUCUCUACCGACCUAACGGGACACCUCAAUCCCACAUCCUCUCUGGAUAUCCCAUCAACACGUCAGACACCCCAAGGCGCUCAUUCAAGCAAUACAUCUCAAUAUAUCACUAGUCAAACGUCGACUAACUCCAUGGACAAACAACAGCCUCAGCAGAUCGAGUGUGUGGUGUGCGGGGAUAAAUCCAGCGGGAAGCACUAUGGUCAGUUCACAUGUGAGGGGUGUAAGAGCUUCUUCAAACGGAGCGUCAGACGGAACCUCGGCUACACCUGCCGCGCUAGCAGGAACUGUCCCAUUGAUCAACACCACAGGAAUCAAUGCCAGUACUGCCGCCUCAAGAAAUGUGUCAAAGUGGGAAUGCGGAGAGAAGCGGUUCAGAGAGGGAGGAUGCUGCCUACUCAACCGUACCACGGUCAGUUCUCCAUAACCAACGGAGACCCUCUCCAAUGCCACUCCUACCUUUCUGGAUACAUCUCCCUGCUCAUGCGAGCCGAGCCCUACCCCACAUCCAGAUACAGCACGCAGUGUAUGCAGUCCAACAACCUCGUGGGGAUCGAGAACAUCUGUGAGCUGGCCGCCCGGAUGCUGUUCUCGGCGGUGGAGUGGGCCCGAAACAUCCCCUUCUUCCCCGACCUCCAGAUCACCGACCAGGUCGCCCUGCUCCGGCUCACUUGGAGCGAGUUGUUCGUGCUGAACGCGGCCCAGUGCUCAAUGCCGGUGCAUGUGGCUCCUCUCCUGGCCGCGGCAGGGCUGCAUGCCGCCCCCAUGUCGGCGGAGAGAGUCGUGUCUUUCAUGGACCAUAUCCGGAUCUUCCAGGAGCAGGUGGAGAAGCUGAAGGUUCUGCAUGUUGACUCAGCCGAGUACAGCUGCAUUAAGGCUAUAGUUCUCUUUACGUCAGAUGCGUGCGGUCUGUCAGACGUGACUCACGUGGACGAUCUUCAGGAGAAGUCCCAGUGCGCCCUGGAAGAGUACAUCAGGAGCCAGUACCCUAACCAACCGAACCGGUUUGGGAAGCUACUACUCCGUCUGCCCUCUCUACGCACCGUCUCCUCGUCCGUUAUAGAACAGUUAUUCUUCAUCCGGUUGGUCGGAAAAACACCAAUAGAAACUCUCAUUAGGGAUAUGUUGCUUUCCGGAAGCAGUUUUAAUUGGCCUUACAUGUCGAUGCAGUAGAAUAAGAACAUUCCAGAACACACCAGGAAUGGAAUCAUAGAACUAGAAUGUUCUAUGGGUGGAACUGUCAGAGGAACAGGCAACAUUCUAAAGCAGUGGUUCACAACCUUUAUCUGUAACUGUACCAGCAACUAGAUGUUACUCUGCCCGGAGUCCCCUGGAGUCCCCCCGGAGUCCCCUGGAGUCCCCCCGGAAUCCCCUGGAGUACCCCCGGAGUCCCCUGGAGUACCCCUGGAGUCCCCUGGAGUCUCCCUGGAGUACCCACUCAGGUGCAUUUUACUAGCAGGCCUAUGGUCUCAUAAGUCUUCUCCAGUAACCCCUGAGGUUAGGCCAGGUCCUAGUACCCCUGGUUGGGAACCACUGUUCUAAAGCAUGAAAAAAGACUAAUUAAAUGACAGGGAUCCUCCUCACAAAUCAUGAUUUGGGAAACAAAAUAUAGUAUUUAUUUGACCCUGUAUGUAUAUUUAUUGUGCAUGUUAAUGAUUUUGAUUUUUUACAAAUGUUUUCCAUUUGACCCUGGAUAAGAAAAUGACAAGGGAAUUGUUGUAGUUUUUUUCCAACUUUGUCUUUUUUCCAUACAUGUCUUUUUGUAUAAUGUGCUCCAAACAUGGAACUAAAACAUGAAUAGUUUCCUUGAAUAUUUCAAUAAACACAGUAGUCCAGGGGUACUCUAAUACUAUUAGAGAUGAUCUGAGCACACCGAUGUCCUAGAUGGCAAAGGUCUGGAUGGAUAUUGUCAUUCAUCAGUGUAACAGACCCUCACAACCCAAACCGUUCAACUGUUCACAGCCCUUAGCAGUUGAAAAGCUCAUUUCCUGCAAUUCUACACAUUUCCCAUGUCUUAUGUGUUCAUAUGAUACCAGGACUCAAAUCCCAACCCAAUUAAAUGUGAAAAUGUAAAAAAACAUGUUCUGGGUCACGAUCCCAUGGUCCUUAUUGACUCCGUUCUGGAUGGUAUAGUGUACCAUAUCGCCAGUUCAUGUUACCACCAUCCCCCUGACAGAACUAUAUUCAUGUUACCACCAUCCCCCUGACAGAACUAUAUUCAUGUUACCACCAUCCCCCUGACAGAACUAUAUUCAUGUUACCACCACCCCCCUGACAGAACUAUAUUCAUGUUACCACCAUCCCCCUGACAGAACUAUAUUCAUGUUACCACCAUCCCCCUGACAGAACUAUAUUCAUGUUACCACCAUCCCACUGACAGAUAGGUUACAGUUCAAAUGAGUUAAGUCAUCUUUGUAAGUAUCAGGAUAUAUCUGGUAACUUUCAUGUGGUGAUUGCCUGCGUUGCUACAUCCUUAACAAAUAAAGUCAAUAUGAAAAAGCAAUUUUCACUCCUUAAGAAGAUACACCUCUUAGGGUUUCCACAUGGACAACUAAAUACUGGGUCAUUCAUCAGAUGUAAUGAGCAGUGUGGUUGGGAAUGACUUCCUCAGCCAUAUACUGCAUCACUGCAGGGUAUUGGUAACCUUCAAUACUUUCAGUGGCUGUGCAAAUGACUGCAGCUGAUGUGCUUGUGUGAAUGUUUUAUUGAUACAAAUUAUGUUUGUUGAUUUUGAAACAACACUGAUGUACUGUGGCAAAGUAUUGCCAUACCAUAUUAAAUUAUAAAUCAUGAUUUAUUAAUAAAAGCUAUUUCUCA